CAUUUCCUGUCCAUGUAAGGAAAUUCUAUUUCCUUAAAGGCUACUGUAAUUAUUAUGUAAUCCUUUCUAAAGAAAUCAAAGGGUGGUGAUGAUUACAACUUUCCUUAUCAAAUCAGGACUGGUUUUUUUGUGGCCCCCCUAGGGAUAUGGCAAUUAAGUGCACUUAUUACCUUUCAUGCAAUCAACAGUUUGGUCCUUUGAUGUGUAGACCCCAUAAUUAGGUGCUAAUAGUGGCAAGUGCCCUAAUUGAAUUGAUGGCCAACCCUUUGAUAAAAAGUAAUAGUUUGUUUACAUGUGUUUUUUCUUGGAUCAACAGUUAGCCAAUGUAAAUGUCACCCUAUGUGUCAAUUAUAGAAUUAACACCCCAGAGUUCAGAGGGUCUGGAAUUACUUGUAAAAAUUCUCACAAUAUAACAAGGACACAGGAUUUGGCAAUUUGUAAACCAAAAAAAAAUUUAUUUGAUGUAUACUUGUGAUAUAUGUGUUUUGGAACAUUACUUUAAUGAAGUGUUUACCAGAUCUCAAAGUGCUAUUAGUUAUGUGUGUUUUAAGAUAUUAAAUAUUGUUAACAGUUAAGUUUUCUGGGAAUUUUAUUAUAUUGACCAAAAUAUGUAUGUAGUGGCAUGUUGGAAUAAAGGAUCAAGGGAGCCUACUCUUUUCUCAGAAAUGUGUAGGCAGAAAUAUGCUAAGCGAAAACUUGAGUUAGAUGUACAAAACCAGAAUGAGGGAUUUAAAACACCUGCCAAGUACAAACGACAGAGGACAAGGUCUGAGCAGAGUCCAAAAGUGAGGUCACCUCUAGAAAAGACAAGGUAUGAUACUUCACUGGGUUUGUUGACGAAAAAAUUUGUAGGUCUCAUCAAGAACGCACCUGAUGGGGUUUUAGAUUUAAAUAGAGCAUCCGAGUAUCUGGAGGUACAGAAAAGACGGAUCUAUGAUAUAACUAAUGUGCUGGAAGGAAUUAAUUUAAUACAGAAGAAAUCCAAGAACAAUAUUCAAUGGAAGGGCUGUACAAAUUCAAUAGCAGCGAAUCCAGAUGCCAAUGAUAGAUUAAGUUCAGCUACUGUAGAUUUACAUUCAGAUUUAGCCGAUUUAGAGGCGAAAGAGAAUAACUUAGAUCACAUGAUAAACAGUUGUACAAAAUCGUUGAAAGAACUUACAGAAAAUCAAGAUAAUUCGAGAUUAGCAUAUGUAACUUAUCAAGAUAUUCGGAGCAUACGGUCCCUGGACGAACAAACAGUGAUAGCAAUAAAAGCUCCCCCUGAGACCAGAUUAGAAGUGCCCGACCCUGGUGAAAAUAUACAAAUAUGGUUAAAGAGUUCAAAAGGGGCAAUAGAGGUGUAUUUAUGUCCGGAAGAAGUAAACAACCAUACAGAUCCAAACACGACCACGUCAUCUAAUGCAGACAGUGCGUGUAGUACUAGUAAUACCAGUAGUAGUGGGGAAGACUCGUUUUUCUCCGAAGAUUCAACCUCCUGUGAUAGUUUUAGAGCCAAUCCAGCUUUGAAGAAUGCUUUAUUAGAAGACCAGGAUAUCUCGCCUGAUCUUGGUCAUAGUUUGCUUUUACAAACAGAAGAUCAGAAUAUUGAUGAGAACUUUGUACAGAUUGAGCCAAUACUCGGCCCACUUGAAGACUACAUGUUCAGUCUGGAGGAAGGGGAGGGAAUCAGUGAUUUGUUUGAUGCUUACCCAUUUGAUUUAUAGCUAGAGUUACCUUUUCCUGAAUCAUAAAUAAAAACUACAGCAAUUCACCACACUGCUGUGAAGACCCCACUGCACUGAUGAUUUAUAGAAUAUUCCAUUUCACGGGAAAGGGUUGAUGCUUUGCUCGCACUUCACAGAAAUUCACGGAACAUAGGAUUAUUCAAGAUAAUAGACUAUUCCAUUGCACAUGAAGGGGACCGAGUCUCACUAGGCUUAAACUCAAAAGCUUGUUACCUGUUACUUUGAAAAAAAUUAAUAGCACCAGGAUGAAGGCAGAGCUGUACUACAUUUCUUAAAAGAAGAAAAAUGGGAGUGAUACAUAUACAUACUUGCUGAACUGACUUUUUUUAUUGGAGAUAGAAAAUAUAUAUGUUAUUAUUUAUUUAAGAAUUACAUUGUUUGAACGGCCUGGGUGAUGCCGCUCUUUAUCUGUUGAUUUAAAAUGAUGUUAAUACUUUAUUUAAAAGUAUGAUGACUAUUUAUUUUUGGUAUCGAAGUAGAUUGAAUUCUGUUUUUGCUUUUUCCUGACAUGAACUGUUAAGACGAGAGUAAUGGUCAAGUGUUUUUGAACUUCAUAAUGGUAACAGAAAACUAGUCCCAACAUGUUCUACAUUGUUUUGGCAUUAUGGUUAUAUUGCAUUGAAACUUUAAACCAUUUUCAAAUAAAUCACUGAACUAUACAGUUUUAUGAAUAAAUUAUUUCAAACUUUUCAUUACAAAUGUCUUAAAGAUUACAUUUGUCACUUUUCAUGAAGAAUUGUGACAAUAAAAUGCCAUCUUGCUGAAAAUACUGUUUUGGUGUGUUUGUGGUUUUUGUAUUGGAAUGGCUUAAAGCAGCAUGCCUCCAGAUUCAUGCUAAUUUUCAUGAACAUUCUGAAAAUGUUUUUAAUAUUAAAAUAUUGUGAAAAGAACAAGGAAAGUAAUUAACUUGCUGCAA